CUCUGAAAUUUCGAAUUCGUAUAACGCCACAAUAGUUUGAAAAGUUUAUAUUUAAAGCAUUUUAUACAGGUUAAUAAAAUUGAAUUUUAAUUAAACUUAAAAAGUGCGUUAUGUCCAAUACUGAGCUUGAUUGCCAAAACGAGGCGGUACGAGUAAUAGUCCGUGAAAGGCCAGCGCGAGAUGUACAGCAUAUUGGUGAAGAUUCUUCGAGUGUAAUUUCAUACCUAGAAGCCAAUCCAAAUAUACUUUUUGCCGACGGAAGACCAUUUAUUUUUGAUAAGGUUUUGGGACCGCACGCUUCACAGGAACAGUUGUUCCGGGCUAUUAACUUUUUAGUUGGAAAAGUAAAAAAUGGUUAUAAUUGCACAGCUUUAGCGUAUGGUCAAACAGGAACUGGUAAAUCAUAUUCAAUGGGGCUAAACUCAAACGCUUGUGAAGGUGAGUUCGUAGGAAUAAUUCCAAGAUGUUUGAAAGAGAUGCUAAAUACACCAGAGAAAGAUGAUUCAGAAAACCCUUUAAGGCUUGUGGAGAUAUACGCAUCAUUUAUUGAAAUAUAUAAUGAAAAAGUUUUUGACUUGUUAAGUGACAAGACUACUGAGCCGAUCUCAUCUCGCGAAUACAAAUAUAUUGGUGGUACCCGGAAAGUCCUCAAAUCCUUAGAAGAUUGCUAUAGUGUCUUAUUGCAAGGAAACAAGAAUAGACAUGUGAGACCGACCAAAAUGAAUUCUCAGAGUUCAAGAUCACAUGCAAUUUUUACGAUACAUAUACACACUUAUUCUGGUGAUAAUAUUCUUAAUACUAGGUUAAAUUUAGUGGAUUUAGCUGGUUCUGAAGGUGUGCGUAGAACGGGUCAUCAAGGUAUGGCGAUGUCAGAAGGUGUCAACAUAAACCAGGGUCUUUUAGCUAUUGGUAAGGUUUUACAGGCAAAAGCGCUUGGUCAUAAAGUUGUACCCUAUCGUGAUAGUAUUUUGACUUCAGUUUUACAAGAUUCGCUGAAUGAAAACUCUUAUUUAACACUACUGGCUUGCAUCAGCCCUCAUCGUUCAGAUUUUUCUGAAACUAUGUCAACCCUUCGUUUUGCCCAAAGUGUGAAACAAUUGAAGCACUCACCACACCUUAAUUUAAUAGCAACAGACUUAAAGAAAAAUCGGUUGAAAACUCCAAGGAAACCGCUCAUUACACCUGCCAAGCCAACCUUUUCUAAAAAUAUCAUUCACAUGGGAUCAAAGGUUUUAAAACCUCUCUAUCAUAGUAACACAUUUUGUACUCCAAGCAAGUUGAAAAGAAACGGUAAUGUCGAUAAGUUGAACCAAUCCGAAAUUGGACUCACACCAAAACAAAAGGAAAAGCAGCAAACACGAAUUUUUCAAUCUUGCAUCUCUGAACUACCCAUAGUGCACUCUAAACUCCCGCAAACAAAUCGAGAAUCAAACAUUAUGGAUAAAACUCUCGAUUCCCGGGCUUCAAUUAUGAGUUUGAAUAUGUCGUCAUCAACAGUUGUUGGAAAUGAUGGAAUUGCAUCAAGUAAACUCAUUAGCUACAGCCCCGUUGUGCGCAAAUGUAUGGUGGAAAUGGAAAACGUUAUGGAUAACAAAAUGUCACAAUUAAUGGAAACUAUAAAAGAUCUAAGUAAGGAGAAUAGUCAACAGCGGUCUCAAAUUAUGGACACUCCAUGGUCAAGUGACUCAGUUAGUGGGGGACCACUCCCAUUGGCACUCCGCAAUGAAUUGAAAACUAUCAUCCAAGAAGUUUUGAAAGAAAAUGUCAAACCAAAUACGAAACAUUCGGACGACGUAGAUGGAUCUGAGUCAAUAUUAUUAGAUUCAUCUCUUUUAAGGAACGAUCCUAAAUGUCAAUUGUUUGCUACAAGUAGUCCAGUUUUCAAAGUUCCAUUAACCCCUCAUAAAGCACUAGAUAGUUCUAAAAAAUACCUUAACACAAACGAGCUGCCUAUGAAAGUAACUGAGAUCGAUAACGACUCUAAAUAUUAUAAAAGUGCAAUACGGCGGUCUAGCCGGUUGUCCACAGUGAGAGGAGAAAUAGUAUUACACAGUUCAUUUAAUGAUUUGGCGGGGCAAGGUUGUAUAAACGGAACAUUACGACGUUCUCGUCGGAUUUCGAAAAUGGAGGAUACAAUUGAACUGGAAAGAUCAAACGAUACUUUUAGGGCAUCGUCAACCGUAAUGUCACGAAAGAAAAAUAAGUCUUUAAAACAGUUGCAUAUUGAAAGACGGCAAAGUAGAAAAAAUAAAUGUGUUUCCACGUCAAGUCACCCUUUAUCUUCCUUAAACAACAAUAUAAUUGAAAGUUACUUUGCUAUUGGCUCAAAAAAAGCAAGUUCGUCCAUCAACGUAAAGGAAAAGAAAUCGAAUAUUCAGAAACAUCGAAAAGCAGUAUUAGAUUUAUUAAAUACCGGUUCUAUGAAAGAUUUACAGUUAUUGCCACAGAUAGGCCAAAAAACAGCAUAUCAGUUGGUAACUCAGAGAACAUUGAGCGGGAAAUUUAAAAAUAUAUCGCAACUCGAAAAACUCACAAUAUGGCGCGGAAACUCAUGGUCCCGUUUUGCACAAGCUAAUUUGCUCGUUGACUAAAACAGAUUCCUAAUUUUUUUCAUUUAAAGCAAUAUUUAUUUAAUACAACUUCUAGUAUUGCAACUAUCUAUGUUGUUUUUUUUUGUUAAUAAAAUGUUUGUAUAUGCACUAAAUAAAAGAAAAGACUGUGAACCCUUAAA